AAGCGAGUGCGCAGGCGCAGCCGGCGACUGAGCAGCUGACUGGAGUCUCGGGACCGAGAGGAUGUCGCAGGAAGAGCUCAAAGGUUUCCGGGAUAAAAUCCGCAAGGAGCUCGACCGGACCGUUGACUUCUGGCUGAAGUUUUCCCAUGACCGAGAGUUCGGGGGCUUUUUCACGUGUCUGAGUCGCGAUGGUUCUGUCUACGAUGAAUUAAAAUAUAUCUGGCUGCAGGGAAGACAGGUCUGGACUUACUGCCGGCUUUACCGGAAAGUUCCUCGCUUUCGCCGACAGGAAUUGCUGGAUGCAGCGACAGCUGGCGGGGAGUUCCUCAUGCGCCACUCGGCGGCCUUUGGUGAGGGCCAGAAGCGGGCUUUCUGUGUCAGCCGGGACGGAAGAGCGGUCAAGGUCCAGCGAACCAUCUUCAGUGAGUGUUUCUACGUGCUGGCUAUGGACGAGCUGUGGAGGGUCACCGGGCAGGACCGAUACCAGAGGGAGGCGCUGUCGAUGAUGGACCAGGUGUGUCACUGGGUUCGGGUGGACCCGGCUGGGCUGGGCCGCCCCCAUCUGCCGGGGGCCCCGGACACCAGCUCACUGGCGGUGCCCAUGAUGUUGCUGUGCCUCGUCGAGCAGCUCGAGGAGGACGUGUCGGAGAGCGAGCAGAAGUACCGGGAGGUUGGCGAUUGGAGCGUGCGGAAAAUCCUCCAACACCUGCAGAGGGACGGAACGGCUGUGCUGGAGACUGUGUCCUCCGAAGGGAAGGAGCUCCCGGGGAGCCAGGGCAGGCUCCUGAACCCAGGCCACGUGCUGGAGGCCGGCUGGUUUCUCCUGCGAUGGGCGGAGGCAACGGGCUCGCAGGAGCUGAUGGCGACGGCGCUGGAGAGGUUCCUGGUCGGACCAUUCUGCUUGGGCUGGGACCAACAGCACGGGGGGCUGUUCUCCUUCCUCGACGUGAAUGGGCUCCCCCCUACCCAGCUUGAAUGGGACAUGAAACUCUGGUGGCCCCACACCGAGGCGCUGGUGGCCCUCCUGUUCGGUUACCAGCUGAGCCGCGACCCCCGGCUCCUCGACUUCUUCCGCCAGGUCUUCGACUACAGCUUCAAUCACUUUCCGGAUCAGGAGCACGGAGAAUGGUACGGCUACCUGAACCGGCGCGGGGAGGUCACCCACACCUUCAAGGGAGGACCUUUCAAAGGGUGCUUCCAUCUGCCCCGCGGCCUCUACCUGUGCGAGACCAUUCUGGACUCUCUGCUGGCAGAGGGUUCGAUGUCCUGAAGAACGGGUGGCUUCCAGGAAGGCGAGGCUCCUCGUUCCUUCCCCCACACCGCUGGAUCAAAAGGGAAAGGGGGCAGCCAGGAGUCAGGCUGUCGACCUCAAGGAAGAAAUCCAACCCCACCCCCCCCCCCGCCCCCCACCUCAACCUUUCAAAAUUAGCUCUGAUUCUCCAGCUUUCCAAGUACGGAACUUACUCACAAUGCACAAGGCGACGGUGUGGAGGGGCUUCACCGUGUCUGACGCUGGGAGUGUGUGAUGGGACAGUGCGGAGGGAGUUUCACUCUGUGUCUGACCCCGGGAGUGUGUGAUGGGACGGUGUGGAGGGAGCUUCACUCUGUGUCUGACGCUGGGAUUGUGUGAUGAGACAGUGUGGAGGGAGUUUCACUCUGUGUCUGACCCCGGGAGUGUGUGAUGGGACGGUGUGGAGGGAGUUUCACUCUGUGUCUGACCCCGGGAGUGUGUGAUGGGACAGUGUGGAGGGAGCAUCAAUUUGUGUUUGACCCCGGGAGUGUGUGAUGGGACGGUGUGGAGGGAGUUUCACUCUGUGUCUGACCCCGGGAGUAUGUGAUGGGACAGUGUGGAGGGAGUUUCACUCUGUGUCUGACCCCGGGAGUGUGUGAUGGGACAGUGUGGAGGGAGCAUCAAUUUGUGUUUGACCCCGGGAGUGUGAAGUUGUUCCUUGUAUUUCAAUAUUUUUUACAUGGUGUUGACAUAAAGAUUACAGCACAUUCUCUUUGCGGGGGACACUCCCCUAUCCACUCCAACACCAGCAGCCCCACAAUGCCUGUUAGGAACCAGGGGUCACCCUGUUUUCCCUCUCUAGUGACACCUGGCCACAGAUGAGUCCUCUGAGGAGGGGUAGGUGGUCAGCUGCGACACAGCCCCCUGCCCGGCCUGUGACCAGGAUCCACGAGUGACCGAGAAACACACCCCAAACCCCGAACACACCUCACCCCCCAGCCUCCCACCUCCGGAAGCAGGUCUUCCAAAGUUUGGUAAUAUAGGGGGUGGGUGUGCCCAGAACUGGAGGAAAAUUACCUUUCUCAACUGAAAUGCUAACAGACAGCUGGCCCUGUUCCCCAUCUCAUAAUACUUAUGUGUUAUCUAAGUGUUCCUGCCGCUUUAUAUGUGAGCAACUCAUUCAAGGCAUCCCUACACUUUUGUAGGUUUUUCCAAUCAUCCUUGUUCAGUGUUAAUUUGUGCCUUUUUUUCUAAUCUUUUUAUUUCACUUUGUAACUGAUUAUAUUUUUCGUUCUGAUAUUUUUUCAUUUGAACAGCCAAAUCAGUACAUUUUCCCCUAAUCACAGCUUUUGCACCUUCCCGCAGUAUCGAGGGGGAAACCUCCCCAUUGUCAUUUGUCACAAAAUAUUCGACAAUGCACUGUUUUGGUUGAUUAUAGGAAGAGGGGUCCAUCAACGAGGAAACAUUGAGUCUCUAAUAUUUAAAAUACUGCUCAGAGCCUACUUCCCGUACAAGUCUAACAGGAACAUGAUCUGACAAUGUAAUGGGUUCAAUAACGCAUUCCUUCACCUGAUGUAGAUUCUUCUUUGGGAUGCAAAGAAGGUCAAUUCUUGAAUAUGAGCCACAGGCUCCUGAUACAUGACUAAAAUCCCUGGUACCUGGAUUCAUUGCUCUCCGGCCAUACUAGCCCAACCUCAUCCAACAUAAUUUUUACUGCUUUCGACUUCUUGUUUAGGGGAUCCCCAUUCCCAGGUAAUUUAUCCAAACGCCUAUUAAGAAUACAAUUAAAGUCUCCUCCAACUUUAACAGUACCUCUAGCUUCCCUGGCAAGUAAUAAAGCUACUUCUUUGGAAAAGGUGGGGUUAACUUCAUUCGGUGCAUAAAUGCUCACGAUGGUGAACUCUGCACCUCCCAUCGAGUCCAAAGCUAACACGUAUCUACCCUGCUUGUCUUUAACCUCUUUUUCCACCACAAAAUAAACUGAUCUGUUGAUUAAUAUUGCAACUCCUCCCUUUCUACUUUUAGGGCAAAAUGAAUAAUGGACUUGAUCUACCCACUCGCUUUUUAAUUUUUUGUGUUCCAUAUCUCCUAAAUGUGUUUCUUGUAAUAGAGCAAGAGGGCAAUUAAGUUUUUUCAACUGAGCCAAUAUUUUUUUCCUUUUAAUGGGGUGACUGAUUCCAUUAAUAUUAUAACUAAUAAUGUUCAAAGUGACCAUGAUACAAUAUCUCUCUUACUACAUCACCAUCCCCCUCCCACCUUCAACCAAACCCGGCAGUUUUAUAGUACAAUAACUGAAAGACUUCUGAUGACCUGCCAAUGCCUAGAGAACGAUUUACUAAAGAAUAUAACCCACAAAACACAACAAAACCAAACAAGACUUCCAGAAACCCAGUUGGCCUUUUAAAAUUCCUGAUAAAACAAAUUAUUAUGACUGCUUUUUCUCCUAUCAAGACCACCCCCGAUGAUAAUUAGGCAGAGAAUAAUGGCACAUGCUUCUCUGUGGGGAACACACACGCAGUGCUGUCAUACCUACAAACCACGGGGAAAACAUAUCCCCCGGUUGAGUUGUUGCCCUCCCUUGGCGAUUCCUUUUCCUUUUCUGUCUGCUUAAUAAAAUUUAACUCGCCUCCCCCCAGCACCACGAAACUACAUUGUAUAUCAAAAUAUGCCAGUUACGCUGGUAAGUAGCUGUGCAUGUUGGCGAAGAUAGUUAAAUAUCACUCACGCCCAGAAAUUAUUAAUCAGUCCAAAGAAGACACUGUUCAUAAUACCUCCUCCUUUGAAAGAAAGGAUGUAAUCGGCCUCUUCCUAUGUCAGGAAAGCUGUCAUGUCUGCCUCUGACGCAGCGCUCCCUCCUCCUCGCCCCCUCCGCUGUACCCGCCACACCUCGCUGAUGAGCCGCUGCUCCAGCUUCUCCCUCCCACUCACCGGCACGGACACGCCCGGGUCGUUCAGUGUGGGUAAAGCUUCAGUCAGGGAAGGAAAGGUCUUCACUCCAGCAUCCGAGUUUACUCUCAGCUGCGCUGGGAAGCGACAACUUGCCUGCGCACCUUUCUCCUUUCGCUGUUUGAUCACGGCGCGCGGCCUUUUGCUGCUCUUCUCUCCUGGACCUCGGGAGAGUCGUCCUGAUCAAAAUAGAUGACUCUGCCUUGAAAGGUGACUUGUUUCUGAGCCCACACCUGACGCGGUACUGCCUCUAUUACAGUAUAAUCACACAAUGACGGAGUGCGGUGGUGCAGAGGGCACCGGCUCUGUGAUCAGGGAUCAGUGGCCUCUCUCAAUGUGUAAAUUUAAGUCCUCUGCAAGCCGAAGCGUCAUUUUAAUUAACUGUUUGACAAACCCCACCAUGUCUCCUUUCUCACUUCCCUCGGGUAUCUGAUAAAUUCUUAGGUUAUUUCUUCGUAAGCGGUUCUGGAGAUCAUCGCAAGCCGCGGUGAGAGCAGCUUCUCACUUCAACAGGUAUUUAAGUGCUCUCUCAUGCCGGAAACAUGCGUCCUCAUUAGCCCUAAUUCUGGACUCAGACUCGGCAGAUUUCUGCUCAAGUAGGUCCAGUCGUUCCUUCAGGUCUAUCACCGAGGUCUCCAGUCUAGAUAGGGAUGCCUUGGUGUCUGAAAAUGACUCUCGAUUUUCUUUUCUCAGCUCUUUCAACUGGCGCAGUAUCACGGCCAUAUCUUUCUCCUCGGCGUCUUUGCUAGCUUCGGCCUGUUCUGGAGCUCGCUGUAUCUUUUUGUCUUUGCUUUCUCUUUGUAUUUCCUGUUUUCCAGUGUGUUUUGAAGUCCGAGAUGCCAUACUCGUGUUCCUGUACCAUUUACUUGGAAAAAAUGUCUUUCAUAGAUGGUCAAAAGUAAUGUAACAGCUAUUAUUCCUGGAGUUUCAUGGGAGGGAAUGCGAGGCAGGGCAAUACUGAAUCAUGGUGUCACCGGAAGCCUCAACUGGAGGAUUAGGAGAUUAAACUUGUCUCACAGAGCACUACAGCACAGAAACAGGCCCUUUGGCCCCUCUAAUCUGUGCUGAACUUUUAUUCUGCCUGGACCCAUUGAAGCACACCUAUACCACAAGCUUCCAUACCCCUCCAUCCGUACCUGUCCAAACUUCUCCCCUGUGUUGCAUCCACCACUUCUGCUGGCAGCUCGUUCCACACUGAGUUAAGCCGUUUCUGCCUCAGGUUCCCCUUAAAUAUUUCACCUUUCACCCUAAACCUGUGACCUCUAGUUGUAGUCUCACCUAACCUCAGGGGAAAAAGCCUGCUUGCAUUUACCCUAUAAUUUUGUACCCCUCAUAAUUUUGUACACCUCUAUCAAUCUCCCCUCAAUCUCCUACCCUCCAGAGAAUAAAGUCCUAACCUAUUUCUCUGUAACUCAGGUUCUCAAGUCCCAACAAUUAUCUUCUAAAUUUUUAACAUAGAACAGUACUCUUUGAGAUCAAUUUGACCCUCCCCUCCUACAUCAUCGCCAUCAUUAUGUGUAUGAUGUCAUCAUUAUGUGAUGUAUAGUAUGACAUCAUCAUUAUUUGCUGUGUCACAUGAAAUCAUUAGGCGCUGUGUCGUAUGACAUGGGCGAUCAUGGUUUAUCCAUGACCACAAUUAUUCUCGGCAAAUCUUUCUACAGAAGUGGUUUGCCAUUGCUGCCUUCUGGGCAGUGUCUUUACAAGAUAGGUGACCCCCAGCCAUUAUCAAUACUCUUCAGAGAUAGUCUGCCUGGCGUCACCGGUCGCAUAACCAGGACUUGUGAUUAUACACCAGCUACUCAUGAUCGUCCACCAUCUGCUCCCGUGGUUCCCAUGACUCUGAUCGGGGGCUAAGCGGGUGCUACACCUUGCCCAAGGGUGGCCUGCAGGCUAGCGGAGGGAAGGAGUGCCUUGCACAUCCUCUGGUAGAGACGUAUCUCCACCCCACCACACAUCCCUCCUACAUAGCCCUCAAUUGGUCUCUGUGCAUCGAAACAUAACAGUGAAGUGCGUUGCCUCGCAUAUUCCAUACCUACACUGAGCAGGGAGUCCUCCAGGUGUGGGAGGGGAAGGGAGAGGGCUGUUUGUGAACCAACUGAGGGGCCUGUCGCACAGCACUGCUCUGUGCCCUGGAUCCCAGGCAGAGAGAGACCUCCCCUAUUCUAGACGUAUUGCAGGGGCUCGAUAGUAGAUGGGACGGACAUGGAACGCCGGGAAGGGGGUGGGGGUGGGACAAGCUCCCUCACCCGUGAGGGGAGGGGAAAUCUUCACAAUUCCCCCACCCCCACACUCCCUGUUGGGACCCUCAGUAGCUGAGUGCGUUCAAUCCCGGAACCAGUAGAUCACCGGGUGAGCGGGGAGCCCGAGGGGACGUGGGCUGAGGAGCGUCGCAGAGCACUACAGCAGGCCAUUCGGCCCAUCUAGUCUGUGCUAGAUCAGUGAAUUUAACAGCUUGCCGACCACUCAGAAAGGGGUGGGGUUUGAUUGUGUGUGUGUGUUUGUGGGGGGGGGAAUGGCCCAUGCACGUCCCAGGGGCGUGGACUGUGAGCAAGGGGGCUGACUACUGUAUGACACGAGGCUUCACCUGCCUCCAUUCCACUCAGCCACUCCGCCUGCAUGCCCCAAUUCCCCUUGGCAUACCCACGGCGAUAAUCCCUCACCCCCUCUCGCUCAGGAGUGCUUCACAGUCUGUUCUCAGUAAGACCCCAAUGUCAGAUUUGAACACCUUUCUCUCUGGGACGGGGUUUUGGGUCUAUCUAGCGCCAUGCGCUCUCUCCCCUCCAUUUGUAAUCCCCUGCCUCUGGGAGGAGGUGGGGUCAGAAUGGAAACAGUCCCUUCUGCCCUUCAUUGUCUGUGCUGACCAUGGUGCCCUCCUGAUGUUCUACAUUGAGAACAUCCAUUUGAAUGUUCCAGCACAUUACAGGCCCUUUGGCCCACGAUGUUGUGCUGACCUUUCAAUCUACUCCAAGAUGAAUCUACCCUUCCCUCUCCUCCCCUCUCUCUCCCCUCUCUCUCCCCUCUCCUCCCACAUAACUCCCCAUUUUUCUAUCAUCCGUGUGCCUUUCAAAGGGUUCCUCAAAUGCUCCAAUGUAUGACCAGAAGAUAUAGGAAUAGAAUUAGGCCAUUUGGCCUAUCGAGUCGGCUUCUGCUAUUUCAUCAUGGCUAGUCCAUUUACCUUCUCAAUCCCAUUCUCCUACCUUCUCCCUGUAUCCCUUCAUGCCCUGACUAAUCAAAAAUCUAUCAAUCUCUUGCCUUAAAUUUACCUAAAGACUUGGCCUCCACAGGCAACGAAUUCCACAGCUUCACCACUCUCUGGCUAAAGAAAUUCCUCCUCAUCUCCGUUCUAAAAGGAUGCCCUCUAUUCUGAGGCUGUGUCCUCAGGACUUAGACUCUUCCACCUUUGGAAAUAUCCACUCUAUCAAGGCCUUCCACCUCUGCUUUUACAAUCACCCCUGACAGCACAUAACACCAUGCUCUGUGUAUAAAACUUCUCUGACAUCUCCCUUACGCUUUCCUCCACUCAUCAUAAAAUUAUUUUCCUCUUGUAUUUGCCAUUUCUGCCAAGUCACUCCUCAUCCUCUGCUCCAAAGAGAAAAGCCCUGGCUCGCUCAACCUUUCCUCAUUAGACACCCUCUCUAAUCCAGGCAGCAUCCUAGUGAAUCUCCUCUGCACCCUCUCUAAUCCAGGCAGAAUCCUAGUGAAUCUCUUCUACACCCUCUAAGGCUUCCACAUCCUUCCUAUAAUAAGGUGACCUGAACUGAACCAGAAUAGUCCAAGUGUGGUCUAACCAGGGGUUAUAUAGAGCUGCAACAUUACCUCAUGGCUCUUGAACUCAAAUUCAUGGCCUGUGUCCCUCUGAAACUUGCCCAUCCAUGUACCUGUCCAAGUGUGUUUCAAACAUUGUUAAUGUUCGGGCCUCAACCACUGUCCAUAGUAGCUCGUUCCAUAUACGACAAGACCAGAUGGCAUAGGAACAGAAUUAGGCUACUCGGCCCAUCGAGUUUGCUCCACCAUUCUAUCAUGGCUGAUUUACUAUCUCUCUUAACCCAAUUUUCCUGCCUAGUCCCCAUAACCGUUGGCACCCUUACCAAGAACCUAUCAACCUCCACUUUAAAAAGCUCAAUAGGUAUCCUUCAAUCAGAUGGUAUUUACAAUGAUUUCUCCAUCUGGUGACCAUCCACCUCUGCCCCAAAUCCCCCCCCACCCAAAUCACCUCCUAGUUCACCUCUUUCACCCUCUCGAUCAGUCUGUCGCACACACACGCUUACUCUCACUCCAGUUCCCCUCCACACCUCAUGAAGACUAUAAGAUAUAGACAAGAAUUAGGCCAUUCAGCCCAUCGUUUGCUGCACCAUUUUCACCAUAGCUGACUUAUUGCCUCGCUCAACACACACGAAACUCCCUUUUUAAUUGAGAGCUGGCUCGUUAGUCCCUCGGCAGCAGCCACCGGACUCGGCAGUGAGAAAACCACCUUUCUCGGACUCCAUAUGACGAGGGUCGGUAUGACUUGGGUCCCGUCAAACCUGUGAAGAUGGGGUGUCCUGCCCACACGAACCUCGAUCUGUGUAGUAUCCUGCCCCGCUGCAAUCGCCCAUUGGCAAGAAAAAUAACAGACCGUAGACUGCAUACAAUUAUAAAUAAAGUAUUUGAAUGUUAACCAAAGAGUUAAAGAAAAGAAAGUUUAAAAGACCAAAAAGGGGCCCAUCAUAAUUAAACGGGCAAAGGUUGGAGCUAAUCUUGAAGCGGUCUUUAACCCGCCGGCUGGACCCGCAGUCUGCGUGGAAGCACAAACCACCCUCCGAAUGUCACCCGAAAUCCAGCGCGAACAAACGGGCGCCCCACAGGAGUACCGGUCCUUCCUCCUUGAAGCCAUUUAUCUGCACAAUGCACGCGUGUAACAGGGGGCGGCAUCCUCAGCUAUUUUCCCUCCCGUCUUCCCCCAGUUCCUGCCAAAAAAAAACCCUGACCCACACCAGUGCUCUCUAGCACCUUCUCCCCAUUCCACCAUCCUGACUGGCUGACACCACAUUCCUAAGUUGAACAACAAAACCCCUUAUCUCAGCUGAAACCCAAACUGGCUGACAUCAGAACGGACUGCUCUUACAGAACACCCCGAGCACAGCAGCAGAAAUCCCAACCAAGGCGUCACGCUGAAGGGCCUUGCCCUGAAUCGUCAGUUGUACUCCUUUCCAUAGACGCUGCCCGGCCUGAUGAGUUCCUCCAGUAUGUUGUGUGUGUGCUGCUUGGAUUUCCAGCAUCUGCACAUUUUCUCUCUCCUAUUAUCUCGCUCAACCCGCUUCUCCUGCCUUCCCCCAUAAACUACGACCCCCUCACUGAUCAAGAACCUGUCAACCUCCGCUUUAAAUCUACGCAAUGACUUGGCCUCCACGGCCGUCUGUGGCAAUGAAUUCCACAGAUUCACCACCCUCUGGCUAAAUGAAUUCCUCAUCCCUAUUCCAAAGGGACAUCCUUCUAAUCAGUGUAUGCCUAAUUAAAAACCAGCCCGGACCUGCCCCAUCCUUGCCAACAACUUUGCUGAGCACAUUCGCUGGGCCAAAUGGCCUAAUUCUGCUCCUAUGUUUUAUGAUCUUAUUCUCAGGCUGUGCCGUCUGGUCCUAGACUCCCCCACGAUAUCCUCUCCACGUCCACUGUAUCCAAGCCGUUCAAUAUUCGAUACGUUUCAGUGAGAUCCACCUUCCCAACACCACCACCACCAUUCUUCUAAACUCCAGCGAGCUCAGGCCCGCAGCCAUCAAUUGCUCCUCGUAUGUUAACUCCUUCAUUCCCGUGAUCAUUCUCGCCAACGGCGCAAUAAUCGGUGUGGUCUGACCAACGCCUUAUAAAGCGUCAGCGUGGGCUUUAUAUGAGCCACUCCCCGUGGGAAAAUCUUUCGGCCUUAAGUGUGUUCCAUCUUACUGGAAACCUGUGCCCUUUAGUUUUAGGUUCCCCUGCUCUGUGGGAUGGUGGAGACUCCUUCCUCACACUCAUCUGUCACUCUAACCUUCCUCUUUUCGCUCUGCCCCAAUCCUUGCCCCUCUCCCUCGGGCCUCGUAACUCCUUGAGCUUUGCAGCGGAGGCAGAAGUGGGAAUGUGCGGUGGCCCGAAGCGGAGAAGUGCCUGUCGCUCCGGGAGAGCGGGAAUCAAGGAGAGAAUUGGUUUCUGCUACCUGACCGCUCCCCCCACCCCCACCCCCCCAAGAAAGGGACGGGGAGCCGGAAGAGGAGGGUGAUAAUGUGACUGAACGUAUUCUGCAACCUGUCCCCCCACCCAGCAAGGGAGGGAGAGACGGAGGAGGACAGGAAAGGAGGGAGAUUCUGUAACUAGAUGUACCCUGCCGUCUUCAGCACCCCCCUCCCCCAUGAGAAAGGGAGAAGCGGAAUCGGGAGAAGGAGAGAAUCUUAUUCUCCUACCUCUUUCUCCCCCCCUCCCCCGAGAAGGGGAAGAGAGCUGGCAGAGACAGGAGAGGAGAGUGAUAAUGUAACUCAACGUAUUCUGCAACCUGCCCCUCCCCCGAGAAUGUGCGUUUUAUACUGACUUUCCUUUGACCGAUGAAUGUGUUAAUAAAGGGAAUGAUAAAUCUUUCCAAGUCGAGUUUAUU